AUGGCCGGCAGUGAAGGAGACCGCCCAAACUCUGCCUUCCCACGCGAGCAGUUGAACAAAGACCUCCAAAAGCUGGUCGACAAGCAAGAUGACUGGAUGGACAACUUUUACGAGGGGGCUGGGCCCGACACCACCGACACCAGCAUGCGAUAUGCCGCGUACGCGAACCGUCUGCGUACCAUCAUGUUGAGCGCCCAUCGAUAUGUUGCGUAUACAUCGGACAUUGGCGAGUCCUUUCGCCCGGUCGCACACCCCAUACUAGUUAGAAGCGCGUACGCGGUGUCAUGGGCAUACGUGCUCGGUGAUGUUGGGCACGAGGGAUACAAGGCAUACAAGAGGAAUCAGAGGCUGCUAAAUCCUCAAGCCGAUGAGGGCUCUGAUGGAACACCAAAAGAACCUCUGGGCAAGGCCGAUGCUGAGGCAGCACCACAACAACCCAUUCACAUCCCUGCGAUCGAAGACUAUCGGGCUGUGAUGGCUCAGCGAGCUAUUUUCCAAAGUCUCGCAUCAAUGGGGUUGCCCGCGUUUACGAUCCACUCGAUCGUGAAGUAUUCAGGGAAGGCGCUCAAGAGUGCGGCAAAUCCAGCUAUUAGAACUUGGGCCCCGAUUGGACUUGGUCUCUCGGUGGUUCCGGCACUGCCAUAUCUGUUUGACAAACCCGUGGAGGAGGCUGUAGAAUGGACAUUCUACCAAGCAUUCAAGGCCAUUGGCGGAGAAAACGCAGUGGGCAACAGACACAGUACAGGCAGAAAGGAGGCCUUGCAAGUCGAAGCAAAGAUUCUCAAGGAAAAGAAGGACUUAUAA